AUGGCCGCGCGCGGCCGGAACGCCCGGAACGGAACUGCGGGAGAGGACCGGCGCGCGGCGGUUCCCACGGCCGCUGUGAAGGCCAUGGCCGUGGGUGUCCGGAUGCUGCGGCUCUGUCGGGUCGUCCCCGGCGGCGGGGCUGGCUGGAGAUGGAUAGCAACAUCUCCAGCUGCUCAGCUGUCUCCCCCGGAAUUGACAGAAAUGCGGAAUGAUCUCUUUAAUAAAGAGAAAAACAGGCAGUUGUCGCUAACUCCCCGAACAGAGAAGAUUGAAGUUAAGCAUGUUGGGAAAACCGACCCUGGCGCUAUCUUCGUGAUGAAUAAAAACGUUUCAACGCCCUAUAGUUGCGCCAUGCAUUUGAGUGAGUGGUACUGCAGGAAGUCCAUUCUGGCUCUUGUGGAUGGACAACCUUGGGACAUGUAUAAGCCUUUGACCAAGUCCUGUGAAAUUGAAUUUCUUACUUUCAAAGACCGUGACCCAGGAGAAGUGAAUAAGGCUUAUUGGCGAUCUUGUGCCAUGAUGAUGGGCUGUGUAAUAGAGAGGGCGUUCAAAGAUGAGUAUGUGGUCAGCCUGGUGAGAGCUCCGGAAGUUCCUGUGAUCGCUGGAGCCUUCUGCUAUGAUGUCGUCUUGGAUAAGAAACUUGAUGAGUGGAUGCCAACAAAAGAGAACCUACGUUCCUUCACAAAAGAUGUUCAUGCUUUAAUUUAUAAAGACCUUCCAUUUGAAACUCUAGAAGUUGAAGCAAAAGUUGCAUUAGAAAUAUUUCAACAUAACAAGUACAAAAUAGAUUUCAUAGAAGAAAAGGCAUCUCAGAACCCUGAGAGAAUAGUCAAGCUACACAGAAUAGGUGACUUCAUUGAUGUGAGUGAGGGUCCUCUUAUUCCACGAACCAGCAUUUGUUUCCAGUAUGAAGUGUCAGCGGUUCACAACCUUCACCCCACCCAGCCAAGUCUCGUGCGAAGAUUCCAGGGUCUCUCUUUACCUGUUCACUUACGAGCACAUUUUACAAUAUGGGAUAAGUUAUUGGAACGAUCUCGGAAAUUGGUAACUGCAAAUCAGUCUAAACGGACAGAGGAAAAUGUGACUACCCAGUAACUUCCUGAAGUUUAAAUAUGUACAGCAAGUGAAAAUAAAAGUUUUUAAUAUAAUGUUUGUGUGUGCUUUUUCUCCUCAAACAUUGAUAGUGAUCUUUCCUUUUUCUUUGUCUAAUGAAUAAAACCACUUAUGUUGCCCACAAUAAAAAUUUCAUAGAAAAACAACAAACUCCCCAUCUGUCCACAGAUGCUGCAGUACUGUGGCAGGUUUCCUCUGAUCUUUCUUAUGUAUAAACAUAGAUGUACAAAUA